CACGGGGAGGCAGGUGUGUGUCUGGCUCUGACUGACCGCUGGCCCCUCUGACGGUGCCCUAGCAGAGGCUUCCUCGCCGCUCCUCGCCUCCCCUCCUCCCCGCUCUGCCCCAAUACCCAGGCGGCGAGCUGAGGUGGGAAGGGAGGAGUCCUCCAGCGCGGCGCCCCCGGGGACUCUGACUCCUCUAGAGUCGGCCCGCCCCGAGGGGUGUGAGGAGGAGGCGGGACCAUGGACUUUGGACUCAGGACCAUAACCGCCCCCUGCCGGGACCCAGCAGACAGCCUUGUCAGGCGGUGAUAAAGCCAUGUCUGCGCUACUGGGGCCCUGGCCCGAGGUCCGGGACACCGGCACCUCGCUGGGGCUGAUGUUGUCGGUCGUGCUGUUCAUGGGCCUGGCCCGCGUCAUCGCCCGGCAACAGCUGCACAGACCCAUCGUCACUGCCUUCGUCUUGGAGUUUCUGGCCACCUUCCAGCUCUGCUGCUGCACCCACGAACUGCAGCUGCUGAGCGAGCAGGACCCGGCGCACCCCACCUGGCCGCUGGCGCUUAUUUACUUCUUCUCGCUGGUGCAUGGCUUGACUCUGGUGGGCACCGCCAGCAACCCGUGCGGCGUGAUGAUGCAGAUGAUGCUGGGGGGAAUGUCCCCCGAGACGGGGGCGAUGACGCUGUUGGCCCAAUUGAUUAGUGCCCUGUGCAGCAGGUACUGCAUAAGCGCCCUGUGGAGCCUGGGUCUGACCAAGUAUCACGUCAGCGAGAGGAGCUACGUUUGCAGGAAUCCCAUCCACGUCGACUUGCUCAAAGCGGUCAUCGUAGAGACCAUCUGCUCCUUCAUCUUUCACAGCGCCUUGCUGCACUCCCAGGAAGUUGGAACUAAGCUCCGUAUCCACUUGCUGGCAGCACUCAUCACCUUUUUGGUCUAUUCAGGAGGAAGUCUAACAGGAGCUGUAUUUAAUCCAGCUUUGGCACUUUCACUGCAUUUCAAGUGUUUUGAUGAAGCAUUCCCUCGUUUUUUUAUAGUAUAUUGGCUGGCUCCUUCUUUAGGUAUAUUGUUAAUGGUUUUGAUGUUCAGUCUUUUCCUUCCAUGGCUGCAUAACAACCAUACAAUUAAUAAAAGGGAAUAACUAUUCCAAAAGACUCAGACUAAGUUACAUGACAGUCAAGCUGGAGGAUAAAGAUUUUAUCACCUCAUUUGCAACACACUGGCUGCACUGGAUUCACCAAUGUUAGCUUCCUUUGAGGAAGCUGCCUUAUAGGUUUCAUCACUGGGACUUAAAUUACUGUGAAACUGAGGUACCUCAGUUUCUCAGUUAAGACUUGUUCUUUUGAGUGAUGUAUUAAAUGCUACUGGAAAAGUCUUAUUACACUAAAUAUAAAAAUCAAGUGGUAAUUGUUAACUUUGAUGAAAGUAAUGGGUUUUUCUUUUAAACUGGUUUCUUGCCAUUCCCUAUGUCUCUUCCACACACGAAGCUGAGUUUGACUUACUGUUUCAUGGCUGUUUGUCUUAUAGUAUAGAAAUACUUUUAAAAAUUCAUGUCUCUAUUAUGUAGCUUAAGUAAAACGAGAGCAUUAAUUUGUGAAAAUAUCCAGCCCCCUAAAUUUCACCUGUCAGUAUUUAAGUUUGUGACUUCUGAUGACAUUACAGCCUUUCAAGUGGUGGUUGUUUCCCUGUUCUUCACUGCUGCUUCCUGGCUGUUCUCCUUCACUCCCUCCAUCCAUUAAACACAUGUCAUCACACCAUGCCAUCUGCUACCCAAGUCCUUCUUGUUUCAGUCAUCUACCGUACCCGCCCCUCAAUUUCCCCUUGUUCUUUUAAGAUCUCAGUUCCUAUCUCACUCUCACUCCCUGUAACACUACUCCAGUGAUAUAUUUUGGUGAUUUCAAUACCCAUAUAGGUGAUCUGUCCAAUGUCUCAUCCUCUCAGUUCCUUGACUGCCUCUUCUUCGAUAAUUUUGUCUUUUCUUGUGCCUAAGCCAAAACUUUGGUCAUAUCCUUGAGCUUGUUGUUACCAAUAACUGAAACUCUUCUAUGAUCUCAAACACCUCCUCUUUCUUCCAUUUCACUCACUGCAGUGCCCCAUCUCCAAUGAUUCUUUCACCCCAUGGGAACUUUUUUCCAUUAGUGCACCACUUUUUCAUAUCUCUCAAACCCCUCAAGUACUUGCUUCUCCUUAAAUAGCUUAAAUUACUUGACCAGUCAUCAUGACAUGCUUGCAGGCACUCUUAAUUUUGUCUCCUCUAUCUCUUCAUCAUUCUCACAUGGCUUAACCACAGCUUGAUAAUAGUCAUUUCAUGUUGAUACAUGCAAAUCUACUUAAUUCUAACUGCAGUUUAUCCAUUCUAUUCAUGGACAUUUCUAGUUAUUCACUAUUAAAACAAUACUUUGGCAAACAUUCUUGGGCAUGUCUUCUUGGGCACAUGUGUGUUUCUCCAGAGCAGUUGACUUUCAGACUUUUUAUUCUGGCCUACUAGCACAGUUUGGUCCAAGUCACCAUCUACUCUUGUCCAGAGUACUGCAGUAACUUCCUGUUUCUACUGCCUGAGUAAUCCUAUUAAUCAGAUCAUGUCACAGCUUCCCAUUUCAGACUAAAAGACUUGUAUUCCUCCAAUUAACUAUUACAACUAGCAAUUGGUGGUGCAAAAUAUUAGCAUAUGAACUAAUGUGAAUUCUGGGUUAUGAUGACAUCAAUCCCAUAAUUUACAAUUGCUUAUGAGCUAAUUUCUCAUUAUGAGAAACCACACUGUAGCAGAACUGACUGUACUGGAAUGCUAGGACUAGCAUAACUACUAUACUUUAAGCCAUCCUCCAUAAUGAAUACUUUUCCCCAUUUCUAAAAGCAUACAUGAAAUUUCUGCAGCCUUUUGUGGAAACAUUCUUCAGCUUAACCACAAUUCCAGAUAAUUACUACUACCACAUUGUAGGCUCGCAGACCCUAGGCACCUUCUAUUUGCAAGUACUCUCUAAAUUAGUUUCUUUGCCUUUAGUCCACCUCCCUGCCAUUCUACAGAUUCUGUAUAUUCUGAACCAAACAAAAAAGCAUAAAUCAAGAUUGACAAUAAGACAAUAUUAUUAAAAAUUGUGCUUUUUAAAGACAUAAAGUGAAGACAAGUCACAGAAUAGGAGAUUAGUAUGUAGUAUAUAAAGAACAAAUCAGUAACAAAAAUUAAAUUGGGCAAAAAAUGUGAAAGAAGUAUGCAAAGGAGGAAGGUGUUCAACCUCACUAGUAAUCAGGGAGGUAGAAAUUACAUUCAUAAUGAAAUAUCACUUCAUUUGUCAGAUUUGGCAAAUAUUCAGAAGUCUCGUAAUACCAAAUGUUGGUGAAGAUAUAGAGAAGCAGGAAAUCUCACUCCCUAUUUGUAGAAAUGUAAAUUGACAAAGGAAACAAUUUAGCAAAAUCUAGUUAAGUUAAAGAUUUACCUAAGUAUUUUUAAUGAACUUUUUUGUUUCAGGAUUGGUAUAAAUGAAUGAAUGAAUGAAUGCAGGCUUGUGGUUGCUGAUGGAAAAUAUAUUUCUUAUGGUAGACCAUAAUGAAAAGUGUGAAAGCUACUGUGAUAGAGAAACACGCGUUACAGUUGUAAGAAGACAUGUACAAGAAUAUUCACUGCAGCAGCGCUUUAAUAGUGAAUACUGAAAGUUCAAAUGCCUUUCACUGGAAUGAAUAAACUGUGCUAUAGAGCUAUACAGCUGCCUGCAUCAACUUGGAUUAAAAAAAAAACUGCUAAGUAGGAAACAAGGUAGCACAAGGAAUCAAUUAAUAAAAGUUUUAAAACAUGCAACCCAAUACCACAAACUGUUUAUAGGAUACAUACAUAUGUAGCAAAAGUACAAAUGCAUACAUGGUUAUGAUAAAUACCAAAUCUGGGAGAGUGGUUACCUCUAGAGGAAAGGACAGAGACUGGGAUCAGGGGGGUACAAAGGAAGACACAAUUGUACUUGUAUUAUUUUAUUUCUUAAGCUGGUUUGAGUAUGUGAGUAUCUGUUACAUUACUCUGCUUUUCUUAAUAUGCCAGUAAUAUAGCAGAAUACAAGUUUUUUUAAUAAAGUUAGUUAAUUAUAACCAACUUUUCCUCAAUCACUGUAGCUGUAGAGUUUUGCAUUUAAACAAUGGAUGCUAAUUAUAAAGUUUUUAACCCAAUUCCCUAUUCUUCAGGUAAAAAAUGUGACGAUGAAUAUUUCAAAGUAGAAUGAAAAAAACCUGAGACCUUCUCCUACCCUCGUCUCCCAUUUCCUCUUCCAGAGACAACUGAUACCAGUUACUUAUGUUCUACUAGGGACAAUUUAUGCCCAUACAAACAUAUGAGUAUAUACGACCCUCAUUCUAACCUCCAGCCCCUUUUCUUUUAUAAACACCUCUACAUACUGUAUUUUUUUUUUUUUUUGGUACAGCUGUACUGUAAAUAAUCGAACCAAACCUAAUGAUGGACAUUGAGGUUGUUUUCAGACUUUUGUUUUUACAAAUUAAGUUGCAAUGAAUACUCUUGAUAUAUGACUUUUUCUACAAAAAAAAAAAUGUACAAAUUUAUCUCCUUUAAGGGGAAUUUCUGGGUCAAAGAAUAUGUGCAUUUUUAAUUUUGACAAAUAUUGUGCCCCACAGUUUUUAUAAAAACCUUUCUUAAUAUUUGUACACAAUUCCAACUUAGUAAAUAUUUUAUGGAAAAUGUAACAACUUUUUAUUUUAAGAUUUGCAGUUGCAGUAGAGAUCUGUAAAUUUUUAGCAAGCCAGCAUCCAAACAGCUGUCCUAUUUGAGGGUUAAUCUGCCACUGUGUGAAUCUAGGCAGGGGCCGUGUGCCCUCCUACUACAGAGGUUGAAGGGGCCAGACACUCCUUUUCCUGCCCCUGGCAAAUACGACACACAGUGCCAGCUAGGACUUUGAAUCUCAUGUGUGGUGACUCAAAGACACAGGGGCAAUUAAGAAGUCAGUCUGGCUGCAGCACAGCAAUCAUGACAUCCUAUGUAAACCACUUCUAGGUCCUAACCUUUUUUCUGAACCUGGUUAUACAUUUUGUGAACUAACAGAUAGCCUUCCAAUAAAUUCUUUUUCUGGUUAAAUUAGCCAGAUUUGAAUUUAUUUUCAACCAGAAGGUGGAAUGAUACAGGAUCAUUAUUUUAUGAACAUAAAUUGCUGCAUCAUCCUCAUACUAUACACUAUAUAGGAUUAGACAGCUGUAUUUGGGGGAUUAUCUAUUUGCUUUUCUUCAUAAUUCUGCCAGCUAUUUACUGCUGCCAUUGAUAUGCCUAAUGUAACCACCCCUUCUGCCUUUUCUAACCUGUUGCAUGUUUGCAAACUAGAUACUCAAGUACAUUAGACCUUUUUGUAAAGCAGGAACAGAGACUUGCAGUGAAGGCCUGAAAGUUGAUGAGAAAAAUGGAUAGACUACAUGAUGUCUAUUGUAAUUGUCCGGUAGAUUUCUGAAUUUCACGCUUCUCAGAUAUAGUCUAAGAGAUGAGUUAAUAUUGUAUGUGUAGCUUUUUUUGUUAUGAAAAUUAACAUCUAUUAAGAUGACUGUUUCCUAGGCACUGUUAUUCUAAGUGCUUUAUACAUAUUCUUGAUUCAUAAUCUCCAAAAUAAUAAUAGUUACCCUGCAUAUGCUUUUAGUUAUUGCCUUCUUAUUCCCAGGUAUGUAUCUCUAUUUUCUUUAUUGUUUAAAAAUUGAAUUAAAACAAACAAAAAUUCUGACCCAGUUCAAUGCUCUCUGAAAAGCUUUUCAUUUCUCAUCUGAAAUUAUGAA